AUAUCAUUCUCUCUCUCCCUCUCUCUUUCAAUAUGCCUAUGGAUCUACUACAUGUCUAUCUGCAUAUACAAAUGAUACCCUCUUUUUACAUGCUUGCUUUUUCUUCCCUUUUUUCUGCUUACUUUACAACAGAAAAAGGAGUAUGAGUGUGUUUAUAAGCAAAAGUUUAUUAUUAUAGCCAAAUAUUUGAGUUCAGUUAAAUUAAAGCAUAUUCUAUUAUAUUUAUAUAAAAUACAAUACAAUAGAAAAAGAAACGAUUUUUCAGAGAUUAUAAGAAAGAGAACAGAGGAAAAAGACAGAAACAGCAACGUCAGAGUUAUACCAUAGCUAGUGUUCUUCUUUAUUGCUUUUCUGGUUUCUAGUAUUGUUGUUUUGGGUUACUCUCUCUCUCUUAGUUUCAACUUUGAAAAAUUGGGUCUUCAUUUUUUUUUUCAUUAUUAGUGUGGCAAUCACAUAAUUUUCUUGGUGUAUAAAAAAAAAACAAUUUUUUUCUCUUGGGUUAGUACUAAUUUCAAACAAGUAGUGGAAACAAUUGAAGUUUAAUACUUCAAUAUGAUUUUGUAGUGGAAACAAUUAAUAUUUUUUUCUCUCUCUCUCUCUACUUUUUUUCAUUUUUGUUUUAUCUGCUGGAGACAAUAAUUUCAAAGACUAUUCAUUCAUGAGUUGUAUAUCAUAUUUUGCAUCUUUAAUCUGUUCUGAUCUUUCUCUCACUACUCACUAGUUUCUGUCUGUGCUAAAGUUCACUUUUUUUUUUCUUUUCUGUUUUGGGUAACCCUUUUCUGCAGAUCCCAGAAACAGCAAGACUUGUAGCAUAAGAAAAAAAAAAUCAGAUCCAUUGAACAUGUUACUGUCUUAGGAUUCAAAAAAUUACUCCAAACAUAGGAGAAAACAUUAGUUGAAGAAAACAUGUCUAAUUUGACUUCUGCAUCUGGUGAAGCGAGUGCUAAUUCUUCAGCCAACAUAAUUGAAAACUUUUCUGCUCAACAAACUCAAACUCAUGAUGAAGCUCCUUCUAAGAAAAGGAGAAAUCUUCCUGGCAAUCCAGACCCAGAAGCUGAAGUUAUAGCUUUAUCACCAAAGACACUUAUGGCAACAAACAGAUUCAUUUGUGAGAUCUGUAAGAAAGGAUUUCAAAGAGAACAGAAUCUUCAACUUCAUAGAAGAGGACACAAUUUACCAUGGAAGUUGAAGCAAAGAACAAACAAUGAGAUAAUUAGGAAGAAAGUUUAUGUGUGUCCAGAAGCAACAUGUGUGCACCAUGAAGCAUCAAGAGCCUUAGGAGACCUAACUGGUAUCAAGAAGCACUUUUCAAGAAAGCACGGUGAGAAGAAGUGGAAAUGUGAGAAAUGCUCUAAGAAGUAUGCAGUUCAAUCAGAUUGGAAAGCUCACUCAAAAACAUGUGGUACAAGAGAAUACAAAUGUGACUGUGGAACCCUCUUCUCAAGGAGGGACAGUUUCAUAACACACAGAGCUUUCUGUGAUGCAUUAGCAGAGGAAAGUUCAAAUUCAAAGGGUUUGAUGAAUCAAGUUUUGCCAUUAAAGAAAGAGCAUGAAAAUAUAAACUUUUUAAUAAGAGAACAAGAAAUAGAAAUACCCUGUUGGCUUGGUGAAUCUUUAAGCAUCCAUGAAAACCCUAACCCUAGAAAUACACUUCCAUCAUCAUCAUCAUCUUCACCUCACAUGUCAGCUACAGCAUUGUUGCAGAAAGCAGCACAGAUGGGUGCUAAAACCUCAUCACAAUCACAAACAUUCAUCAGUGGGACCCACCAACAUGGUCACGUGUCUCUUGUUGACUUUGUCAAAAACAACAACAACAACAUGGUAACCUCAAAUGUUAAUUUUGGUUUGAGUAUGUGUGAAGAAGAAGAAGAAGAAAUGAUACUUAAUGAUCAUCAUGCUUUCAUCAUAAACUCUUUCACUUCCUUUAAUGAGGAUGCUUUUGCUGGGAAUAUUCUUAAUUCAAAAAAUGAUAAUGGAGGAAGUGAUGGAUUUACAAGAGAUUUUUUGGGUCUUAAACCUCUAUCUCAUAGUGAUAUAGUACUUAUGGAAAAUUGCAUCAAAUCUUCUUCUUCUUCUUCUUCUCAUCAUCAACAAAAACCUUCUCAAGGUAAUUAAUUACUUUGGUCUUUUAUUCUCUCAAUCUUCCCUAAGGGAAGGAAGUACCUUCGAAUAUUCCCAUUAUUUUACAAAUAUGCAUCACCUUCAUUUUACUUAUCUUUAAGUUUUAGAGUUUAAA